GUGCUUGAGAAGGGUAUAAAAGAAUUUCAGCAUGAUUUUCAGUAUUCUUGCCUGACCUUUGCCAACAACAACGAAAUAACUAAUAACCAUGAAGUGGGUGGUAUCAAUUCUUUUAAUUUUCCUACUAAAUGCUACUGAAUCCAGAACAACGCAUAACAAUGCAUAUGGAAUAGCUUCCAUACUGGAUUCUUCCCAAUGCUCUGCAGAGGUGAAUUUAGCUGACCUAGCUACCAUAUUUUUUGCCCAGUUUGUUCAAGAAGCCACUUAUCAGGAAGUAAACAAAAUGGUAAAAGAUGUAUUGCCUGUAAUUGGGAAACCCACUGGCAAUGAACAGCCUGCAGGGUGUCUAGAAAACCAGCUCCCUGCCUUUCUGGAAGAAAUUUGCCACGAGAAGGAAAUUUCUGAAAAGUAUGGACUUUCAGACUGCUGCAGCCAACGUGAAGAAGAAAGACAUAACUGUUUUCUCGCACAUAAAAAGGCCUCUCCAGCAUCCAUCCCACCUUUCCAGCUUCCAGAACCUGUCACGGGUUGUAAAGAAUAUAAAGAAAACAGGGAGGCGUUCAUGAACCGAUACAUCUAUGAGAUAGCAAGGAGGCAUCCCUUCCUGUAUGCACCUAUACUUCUUUCUUUGGCUGCUCAUUAUGACAAAAUAAUUCCACUUUGUUGCAAAGCUGAAAAUGCAAUAGAAUGCUUCCAAACAAAGGCAGCAUCAAUUACAAAAGAAUUAAGAGAAAACAGCUUGUUAAAUCAACAUGUAUGUGCGGUAAUGAGAAAUUUUGGACCCCGAACCUUCGGAGCCAUAACCAUUACAAAAUUGAGUCAAAAGUUUCCCCAGACUAAUUUUACUGAAAUUCAGAAACUGGUCCUAGAUGUGGCUCUCACGCACGAGGAAUGCUGCAGAGGCAACGUGCUGGAGUGUCUGCAGGAUGCGGAAAAAAUUAUGUUCUACAUAUGUUCUCAACAAGAUACUCUGUCAAGCAAAAUAGCAGAAUGCUGCAAAUUGCCCACACUUGAACUUGGUCAAUGCAUAAUUCAUGCAGAAAAUGAUGACAAACCUGAAGGUUUAUCUCCAACUCUAAAUAGGUUUUUAGGAGAGAGAGAUUUCAACCAAUUUUCUUCAAGGGAAAAAGACCUCUUUAUGGCAAGAUUUACUUAUGAAUAUUCAAGAAGACAUACUAAGUUUGCUGUCCCAGUAAUUCUAAGAGUUGCUAAAGGAUAUCAGGAGUUGUUGGAGAAGUGUUCCCAGUCCCAAAACCCUCUUGAAUGCCAGGAUAAAGGGGAAGAAGAAUUAGAGAAAUAUAUCCAGGAGAACCAAGCAUUGGCAAAGCGAAGCUGUGGCCUCUUCCAGAAACUAGGAGAAUAUUACUUACAAAAUGCGUUUCUUGUUGCUUAUACAAAGAAAGCUCCUCAGCUGACCCCUCCUGAGCUGAUGACCUACACCAGAAAAAUGGCAAGUGCAGCAGCCACCUGUUGCAGGCUCAGUGAGGAGAAACAACUGGCCUGUGGUGAGGGAGCGGCGGACGUUAUUAUUGGCCAAUUAUGCAUCAGGCAUGGAGAGACACCUAUAAACGCUGCUGUUGGCCAGUGCUGCACUUCUUCGUAUGCCAACAGGAGGCCAUGCUUCAGCAGCUUGGUGGUGGAUGAAACAUAUGUCCCUCCACCAUUCUCUGAUGACAAGUUCAUCUUCCAUAAGGAUCUGUGCCAAGCUCAGGGUGUAGCACUGCAAACAAUGAAGCAACAGUUUCUCAUUAACCUUGUGAAGCAAAAGCCACAAAUAUCAGAGGAACAACUUGAAGCUGUCAUUGCAGAUUUCUCUGGCCUACUGGAGAAGUGCUGCCAAGGUCAAGAACAGGAAGUCUGCUUUGCAGAAGAGGGUCCAAAACUGAUUUCAAAAACUCGUGCUGCUUUGGGAGUUUAAAUUAUCUCAGGGUGAAGAGAAGACAAAAUAUGUCUUUAUGGUUUGGUGUGAACUUUCUAAUUCUAAAUGACUUUAGUACUUUUUAUGAAUUAAUAAAAUAAUGAAGACUUUUAUGUGAGAUUUCCUUAUCAUCAAAAUAAAGUAUC